AGGCUGGUGACGCAAAGCGGCGGUGGGGCCUGACCUCCGCAUGCGCUCUUCCCCCUCCGAGCCAGUGAAGCGAGAGCGGAAGUGAGGAGUGGGCCCGGAAGUGGCGGUGGUUGUUGGGCUGAGGCGAGCCGGUUCGAGGGCGGGUGAGGGGAUGUUGAUGGUGACGGUCCAUUUCAUCAUGGAUAGUGAGGAAAGCCCAGAACCAGCAACUGCGGAAGAAAAAGUUGUAUAUUGGAAAGAACUGGCUCUGAAAUAUAAGAAGAGUUUUCAGGAAACACGUGAAGAGCUGGAAGAGUUCCAAGAGGGAAGCAGGGAGCUUGAAGCUGAAUUGGAAGCACAGUUGGAGCAGGCAGAGCACAGAAAUAGAGAUUUAGUUUCUGACAACCAAAGACUAAAACUUGAUUUGGAGUUAUUAAAGGAAAAACUUGAACAACAGUACGCACAGAGUUAUAAACAGAUAUCUAUGCUAGAAGAUGACUUGGGUCAGACGAGAGGUAUCAAAGAUCAACUGCAUAAAUAUGUGAGAGAAUUGGAGCAGGCAAAUGAUGAUUUAGAAAGAGCCAAAAGGGCUACCAUAGUAUCACUAGAAGACUUUGAACAGCGGCUGAAUCAAGCAAUUGAAAGAAAUGCAUUUUUAGAAAGUGAACUCGAUGAGAAGGAAUCGCUUCUUGUUUCUGUUCAGAGGUUAAAAGAUGAAGCCCGAGAUUUGCGCCAAGAGUUAGCAGUAAGGGAAAGGCAGGAAGUAACAAGAAAAUCUGCCCCUAGUUCACCAACGCUGGAGUGUGAGAAGAUGGAUACAGCUGUUCAAGCAUCCCUUUCUCUACCAGCUACACCUGUAGGACGAACCACAGGCAAUGGGUUUGCCUCACCCAAAGCUAUACCAAACGGCUAUGGCACUACUCCAUUAACUCCAUCAGCAAGAAUAUCUGCACUAAAUAUUGUUGGUGAUCUUUUAAGAAAAGUAGGGGCCUUAGAAUCAAAGUUAGCAGCAUGCAGAAAUUUUGCAAAGGAUCAAGCGUCACGAAAAAGUUACAGUUCAGGGAAUGGCAAUGGCACCUCUGCUAUGGUCAGCAGUGCAAAGUUUUCUAAUUCAGGUCUUUCAACGUAUUUUGACAAAGGAAAAGAGAGAGUCUUUUUCACCAAGUGUAUCCUCGGGUAGUAAAUGGCCUGGACCAAGGGCCUGCUGGGAUUGGAUCAGCAGCACCUUCCUCACCACCAGGCAUGCUGCCACUCAGUGUCUGAACAGCCAUACUGCAUCUUUUAUUUUUAACUAUCUACUUCAAACAACGGGAUAACCAUUCUACCCUGACUACAAAUGGAGUACACUGCAGUGUGUAGGAAUUUCUGAAUUUUUAUCUUGCUCGUUCUGCAUAAGAUUUUCGGUUUAUUCAACAGUUUGCCAUUUAAUCUCUGGCAUACUGUCACGGCAGUGUGGUUAAUGUCCCAUUAUUUUACCAUUCAUGGGGGUUUUAAUGCUUUUCCUGUCAUAUGUUACAGCAACAACAGAUUUGUAUACUGAGAGUUUAAAACUGAAAUCCUAAGCAGUAUUGGAAAAGUCUACAGAUUUAAAGCUAAUGAUGGCGUAUAUGGUAUUUGUUCAAGCCACUUGUACAAUGUGUGACUCUCCAGAUAGUUGGUCUGGGUUUCUCAGUUAUGUGCCUGGAUUUGGUGAUAUUUUAAAUCAUCAAAUCCUGUAAUUUUUAUGUUGUACUGUACAAUUUUUGCUUGGUUUCUAAUGUCAGAUUUAUUGAUAUAUUUAAACAUUGUUUAAGUGUAAAUUGGUUUGUUUUUUAAAAAAAAUACUGAAGUUGUAUAACAAACUUACACAUUUUAAUUUCUGAACUAUUUACAGCAUUGAUUUUUGUUUCUAUGCAUCAAUUCAAUCACUUUUACAUUUUAUUUUGUUGCAUAAUUCAGAUUACGUUGGCUGUUUGUUUCUUUUUACUGUAUAUAAGUUUGUAAACAUAACUUUGCCCAAGAUAUUUGUACAUAACUUGGGCUUUGUAGCAUUAUUUAUUCAGAUUCUAUAUGGCAUGUGUAAUAAAUGAGGAAGUUUACCAUACACAGUUGUAACAAAUCAUAUGAUAUCAUUAUGUAGAACCUGCUGUCUAAUCUUCCAGAAAUAAAUUUGUUCUUUAAACAGA